UUUGACAAAUGACAGAUUGAAAUGAUUUUGACAGGCAUCAGCUUUUUAUUUAAGUGUUAUUAGAAUCUAAACGGUUAUUAUAUUCUGUAACGUGAAAAAACAUUGUUUAUUAAUUUAUUGAAAGUUCGCUUAUAAUUUAAAAUGUUACAUUCAGUUUAUGGCGCAUGUCGCCAAAAUGCUCUACAGAUCCAACAAGUUAGGUUAGGUCACAGGCUCAGAGGAAAGCCACCCAUUUAUAGCAGAACAAUAAAAGAACGAUUGGAUGAAUUAAAUUACAAAGACGAAUUAUAUACAACAAAGAUAGACAUUGGGUUCCCACCGGAGCGAAAAACUGAUUUUCGCCAUGAACAACUAGAGCAUUUGAAGAAAUUAAAAAGUGAUAAGGAAUUAGAGAGACUCUCCAGAAAUCAGAAGCUAGACAUUGAUUUGCAAGAAGCCAGAAAAGUCUGGUUGGAAACUUUGGGUCCCCAACAUAAAAAACAAAUUGCUGACCACUAUGCAAUUUUUGACCACUUAUAUGGCGAAGGCUACUUCAUUCCAUUUUUAAAUUUGGAAGUGUUUUAUGAUUUAAAAGAUGGAACCUGCUUGCCUGUUUAUGCGGGUAAUCUGAUAAAACCAGCCGAGGCUUUAGAACCACCAGUUGUUUCUUAUGAUGCAGAUGCAGAUUCCCUAUGGACACUUGUAUUAACCAGUUUGGAUGGUCAUUUAACAGAAAGUGAUAAGGAAUAUGUUCACUGGCUAGUGGGAAAUAUACCUGGUAAAGACAUAGACAAGGGUGAUACUAUUGUAGAUUAUUUACAACCUUUUCCAUUGAAGGGUACUGGUUACCAUAGAUAUGUAUUUGUUCUAUAUAAACAGGAUGGAAAAGUUUCUUAUGAACUCUCAGAAGUUAGAUCCAAGGCUUCGUUAGAGGAUAGAACUUUUGUCACAAGAGAUUGGUACAAAAAAUAUCAAGACAACAUAACGCCUGCAGGACUGGCUUUUUAUCAGUGUGACUGGGAUUUAAGUGUAAGAGAUUUCUUCAACAAUACCUUGAACAAGAAGGAGCCAAUCUAUGAAUAUGACUUCCCACAACCAUACAUUCGUCCUCAAGAAUGGUUCCCUCUAAGGAGACCAUUUAAUUUAUACAUGGACAAAUAUAGAGAUCCCAAACAAGUCAGCAAAGAAUAUUUAUUACGCAAGCUUAAGAACGAAGAUCCCUUCAAGAGUCCUCCUCCACCACUAAAAUUCCCAAAUGCUCAACCAUUGCCACAUUCAAUGCCAUCUUGGUUGAAACUGCAUGAAAAGAAAAUACGCUUGGGCUGGGGUAGAGUAAAUGAUGUGUAAAAUUAGUUUUAUCUUUUAAAAUUAAAGUAAAAUGAGUAAUAAAUAAUAGGAAAAUUAUAAUCUUUGUAUUUAUUGGGUUAAAAUAUACAUUUUGCACAAAUUUUGGUUUGCAAUACAUUUAAGAUUAUGAUAAUGAUUCUUACACUGUCGUCUAUUGAAGUAAGAAGUAUCUAUAAUUUACAAAUGUUGAAUAGUAACCGUUUCACGUAACUGGAACCAACCAAUAUUCGUCCAUAUAAAUACUUAAGGUACACUUCUGUGAUAUUUAUAUGACGAUUAUCCCGAAAUAUAACUGGCGCAGCUAAUUCCUGUGUUUGAAAAUAUCAUUAUUGAAUGAGUUCUUUGGGUCGAAGAAAAUUCAAAUUUAAUUAGAAUAUUUUAUUGUAAAACCAAAAAUUUCAAAGAACAUAAUCAGACUUUAUAACAGUUAUGUAAUAAAUACAAUUAAGCAAAGAACUAGGCGCAAUCGGUAUACACAAAUAAUUAUGACUGUUACUGAGCACCUGCCAAUUAAAGCACUUCAUAUAUUAUAAUACAUCAGAAGAAUAUAUGACAUUAAGAGUUAUAUUUUUAUGUAAAUGCAUCAUAUUACAGUCCAUACACACGUAAAUACUACUUCAGAUGAUAUGCUUGAAAGUUGAAUGCUAACUCUUCAUACAUUUCAUUAAUCAUAAAAGUUGUGGAUGAUAUACCCUUAAUAAAAUGUUUUAAAAUAGAAUUUGCAACUUAAAGAUGCCUUGAUCUACAUACUUUCACAGAUUACGAUAAAACAGUGUGUAUGCAUGAGCUCUAUUUGGCCCUACUUAAUUUUAAUAUUAAAAAUUAUUUCCAUAAUAAUGAUAUAGAGCAUAGACAAUACAUAGAAACCUUAAAUUUAGG